CGAUUUGAAGUACGUGAUUUAUUUGCGUGUGUGCUUGUCUAGUGCGACUUAGUAUAUAAACAACUUGAGUGCAGCACGCGCGAUCAAAUCGGCGCCGCGUAUUGCCUGAGUCAUUAGCUUUUUUACCUAAGACGUUUCUGAAAAAUUAUUAAGAUAUUUUUACGCGACUUGUGAUUUAUGCGUAUUCUAAGUGUGCGAUAUGAACAAAAUAAUUGAGUUGCUCGCUAAUAGCUCCGAAUCUGUUUCAAAACGCAUCGAAAAAUUCUGGUAUCGCUUCCUUAAAGAUACGACCUAUGAGUUGCCACAAGAGGUACCGGAUUAUCAUAAACAGAUAUGGCUGCCGUUUUUCUUCCUCCUAAUUCUGGAGCAAAUAAUAUUACGAAAAAGGUUUCGUUUGAAUGAUCAAGUCACGUCGCUAUCUCAAUGGAUUCUCCACGAAACUGUUCGAGUCUUCUCUCGUGGUGCCGAGUACUACACAUACAUCGUCAUUUAUGAGAGAUUUGGCAGAGGAUGGAAUCUUCUAGCCUGGGAUUCACCGUGGACAUGGUAUAUUUCCUUCAUUGCUGUGGACUUUUGUUACUAUUGGGCUCAUCGCAGUAAUCAUGAAGUCCACUUUCUGUGGGCCCUCCAUCAGGUGCAUCACAGUAGCGAGGAGUUCAAUUUCGCGGUCGGUCUGCGACAAUCCAUUCUGCAAAAUUGGUGUAACUUUGUAAUCUAUUUACCUCUCGCCCUAUUUAUAACUCCGUCGCACUUUAUGGUGCACAAUCAACUCAAUUUGAUAUAUCAAUUGUGGAUCCAUACAACAGUCAUUGGUAACCUCGGACCGCUCGAGUGGAUUCUUAAUACACCUAAGCAUCAUCGCGUUCAUCACGGCUGCAAUCUUUAUUGCUUGGAUAAGAAUUAUGGUGGCGUGCUUAUCAUAUGGGAUCGAUUGUUCGGUACUUUUCAAAAGGAAAACCAUAAGGAAGAGAUAAUUUAUGGCUUGGUGGUUAAUGCUGAAUCAUUCAAUUCAUUCUAUCUGCAGGUGUUUUAUUUAAAGGAUUUAAUUAAAAAAAGCAUAAGUAUGAUUACCUGGACCGAUAGGCUCGCCGUCGUUUGGAAAGGUCCUAGCUGGUUUCCAGGUGCACCUCGUUUAGGUUUAGACGAAUUUAAAAUAAAAGUAAAGCCUAGAGCCCUAUACAAUCCUCAGAUACCUGAGUGGCAAAAAUUAUAUAUAAUAGUGCAAUUUUUGACGAUCCUUUUUACUCAUUUUCAAUUAUAUAACGAGGGUAGAUCAGCUGUUUUGUGUCAUCGAAGUGUAACUUGGAGAGUAGUAUUAUUUUGCAACGAUUUAUCUGUCUUUUUUUAAUGUUUUCAAUGUGAUAACAGUUAACAUGAUAACAGUUUUUUUAUUUAAUUUUUUGAUUUUAAUAAUAUAUCGGAUUAAACACGCAUUAAGAUUAUUAUUUUAAGUUUAUUUUUAAUUAAAAAUAUAUUAUUGUAUAUAUAAAAUUAAUUUAAAUUAUUCUGAUCUUUUUUUAAAUGUAAAUAUAGUUGAAAUUAAAUGUUCUCAAAAAUUCAUUAUAAUUCCAAUCAUUUGAUAUUAAUAUGACACUAAUCGGAGUCAGGCACACUAACAAAAACUCACUGUCACUAAUUUCAAUUUUAUUUUCAGAAUUUAAACGUUUUAGACGAUUUUCCUAGGAUAAAAUUGGCAAACAAGUUAGCCGUUCUCAUCAGCAUCGGUUUGUUAUUUGAUAAGCGUGCAUUUAUAUAUCCCAGUAUCAUUGAAUUUGUACGCUGCUUGACUUAUAUACAGUUUACGGAGAUAAAUCCUAAUAAUUUAAUCAAUUCUAUGACGUAUUA